AUGGACGACUUCUUCAGACCGCCCAUCGUGCUCAUCCACGGGCUGUGGAUGACCCCUCUGUCAUGGGAGCGCUGGGUACCCUUCUUCCAAAAGAGAGGGUUCGAGGUGCACGCGCCCGGUUGGCCCGGGGUCGACGGCCGGACCGAGGAGGAGAUCCGCUCCGAUCCGAAGCCCCUCGCCCCCCACCGCAUCCAAGACAUCGUGGACCACUACGAGGCCUACAUCCGCAAGCUGCCGGAAGCCCCCAUCAUCAUAGGCCACUCGUUCGGCGGCCUCUUCGCCCAGAUCCUCCUGUCCCGCGGCGUCGGCGCCCUCGGCGUCGCCGUCUGCCCCGCGCAGCCGGCGGGCAUCGUCUACAUCUCGCCCAGCACCGUCCGGGCCGCCAUGCCCGUCUUCGCCCACCCGCUGCACUCCGACGCCACCGUCCCCAUCUCCGAGAGCCACUUCCGCUAUUGCUUCGGCAACCUCCUGUCGGCCGCCGAGAGCAAGGCCCAGUGGGCGAGGUACUGCAUCCCCGCCGACUCCCGCGUGCUCUGGCAGCUGGCCACCAGCGUCACGGCCGGGCAGGCGGCGCCCAACUACGUGCGGUUCGACAAGCCCGACCGGGCCCCACUGCUGCUCAUCGCGGCCUCCAAGGACCACAUCGUCACCGCCAGGACCGUCAAGGAGGAGUACAAGGCGUACAAGGGACGGGCCGUCGUGCAGUUCAAGGAGUUUGAGGGCCACAGCCACGGACUCUUGUUCCAGGACGGCUGGGAAGACGUCGCAAGUUAUGUUCUCGAAUUUAUAGAAAGCCAUAUCUCUUGA